AUGGAGUUCUCUAAUAUCGAAGUAUCACCCUCGACUCCUCCACCACCUCUUCCUCGCAGACGCCUAAACUAUGAGCCUCCUGUUCCGUACCAGCAGCGAUCUACUAACAGCAAUGCUAUUCCGCCAUCGCCUGGUAGACCUGGUCGACCAAUUCAGCAGCCUGGGCCCCGAGCUGGCAUCAACACUGCAUUUCCAACAACCUCCUGCUUUGUCGACCAUCUACAACGCAUGGCAUUGAUGGUGGUCGGGCCAGAGCCGAAACAAACUCCAGCUAUGUCAGCGAAUUAUUCCAGCAUGCAGACCAGUGACUAUUCCACCUCUAUCUCCCCCAGUCAGCCCGGCUCACCGGCUUUCCAAAAUCUUCCGGCUCUUGAGUCAAAGACGAGCAAGGAGUGUUUUCAACUCACCAUACAAGUCUACCUUCGCAGUCCGGGAUCCGCCUUCAACAAAGAGCAUGCCAUUAGCAAGGUCGAUACAUGGUGUAAGCAGCUACAAUGUAGCAUGGCCUUUCGUCAUCUAAGGAACAAACUCCGUGAUCAAUGCGGUCAUUUAGGAUAUUGUACUCUUCGCGUCGAAGUUUUUGAAGCGCUCCCCACCUUGGAGAAAAUCAUCAGUCACUCUUUGAACGAACGAGAAUAUCGUGGUCUUCAAGAAUGUCAUGACCACAUCAAAAGAUUCAUGCAAUAUGCGAAGAAAAAACUGCGCACAACGCCAGGAUUUGUCAUGCCCGAACAUGUAAAUGCUAUAGGAGUAGCUCAAGCGGCGAAUCUCAAAUUCAUCAAGGAACAAAUGGAGGACAUUCGCAAUGGAGAUGGCGGAGAGCGUCGAAAGCGUCGAGUAGCCCUCAAAGAGCAACUUGCGCCGGGUUUUGACGAUGGAAGAGGACCUGAAAGACGGCAGAACACCCAUGCUACCCGCUCUGACUCGUCGCUUCACCGAAUUCAAGCUCCUGUUGGUCAAUCCAGGCCAGCUCCUCGGAGCCCUAGAUCUUCUCCAACCAGCUCAAAUAUCUCGCCAGGCGCUACGGUUUCUCCGUCAACUGUUCCAUCUAUGGAGCAAGCAUGCUCACCACACCAACGCCUGAAGAGUUCACCCACUGAAGGUCAGCACCCGAAAGUUACCGAGCAGAAGCACACAGUCUCGUCUACAUCCCUUGAUCCAAGACUUCGUCAGCGUGCAGCGAAGCAGCAAAACCAGCAGCCACCAAGUCCACGACAAUCUGAGCCUCCACAUCGAGCAAUGGACUCGCAGUGUGUCUUGGUUCCUCCAACUCCAAUGGCCCUGCCCCCAUUCCCAUCCGUUUCAAGCCCGGGCUGCCUCGCCAAAUCCCAUGAAUCCGUCCUCCCUCCCAUCCUCCCCAAGUCCAUCUACCGCGGCGUAGCCCAACCCUACCACAAUAUGGUCUUGGUCAUCGACAAUUCCCUCUGGGCCACCAGCGCCGGCCUCAGGGUGUUGAAGUUUGGCUACGAGCCGGACUGGGCGAACGGCGAAAACAUCCAGCGGAGCGGUGCUUGCCUCGAGAGAGUUACUUUGAGCAAAGCGGUGGGGAAGAGGUGGCUAGGCGAUGCGCUGGUGGAGUGCUUUGUGGGAGACGGAAGUGGGGAGGCUCCGGAAUGGGUCAAAGAGUGGGGUGCUGAUGUGGACGGUGACAUGCUUGGGCAUGGAUGGCCAGGGAGUGAGGGUGGGACGGACGAGGAUUUCGGCAUCAAGAGCGGGACAAGGCCUGGCGAUAUCAGUGAGGAGACGGCCAGGGAGCUCAAGAGGCUGCAGCAUCUCAGUGGUCGUCAUGUGGAUUUCAUGGAUUGGGAGUGA